UGUAACUCCAGAAAGUUUGAAAACAACGUGAAUAUUCAGCGGUCAGAAAAUGUCCUUCACACGAAUUGUAGUAAAUAAAUUGCAUUGCGUAAAAAAUAGCUGGAAAUUAAAUCGAAGAUAUGCAUACUGUUCUCAAUCACUUUUUAGUCAAGAUGUCAAAUAUUCUCCGGGUAGCACUAUAUUAGGUUAUUCAGUACAAAAGGUAGAAAGUAUACCUGAGCUGUGCCUCACAGCCACAUUACUUGAGCAUAAAGCUACUGGUGUGAGUCAUUUACAUUUAGGUUGUGAUGAUACAAAUAAUUUAUUUGGUGUUUCUUUGAAAACCAUUCCUCGUGACAGCACUGGGGUUCCCCACAUUCUGGAGCAUCUAGCAUUAUGUGGCUCUCAAAAAUUCCCUUGCCGAGAUCCAUUUUUCAACAUGCUGAAUCGAUCUUUGGCUACAUUUAUGAAUGCCUUUACAGGAUCUGAUUCAACAAUGUAUGUUUUCUCUACUCAAAAUGCUAAAGAUUUUCAGAAUCUUCUUUCAGUUUAUUUAGAUGCUGUUUUUUAUCCUUCACUGCAUGAGAAAGAUUUCAGGCAGGAAGGAUGGAGAUUGGAGCAUAAAGAUGUUCAUGAUAAAAACUCACCCAUCAUUUUUAAAGGUGUUGUUUUUAAUGAGAUGAAAGGUGUUUUUUCUGAUCCAAACCAGUUUUACAUUCGUCAUCUUCUAAAUGCAUUGUUUCCAAGUAAUACAUAUUCCUAUGAAAGUGGAGGUGAUCCUCUAGUCAUUCCAUCGUUAAAAUGGGAAGACCUUAAGAAAUUCCAUGCCGAUCAUUAUCAUCCAAGCAAUAGUAGGUUUUUAACUUAUGGAAAUAUGCCCUUACAUGUUCAUUUAGAGCAGAUUGAAUCAAAUGUUCUUCAAAACUUCAGCAAACUUAAAGUUGACACAGAAGUUCCUGAUGAAAUCCUUUGGUCUAGUCCGAGGGAAUUACAUAUACACAACAGGUUUGAUCCAAUGGCAGCUGUUCCCGAAAAACAGACUAUUAUCAGUAAUAGUUAUCUACUAAAUAGCAUUACAGAUACAUAUGAAAAUUUCACUCUUAGUAUACUUGGAAAUCUACUGACUGAUGGACCAAAUUCGCCAUUUUAUCAGCAACUACUAGAGUCAGGGAUUGGACCUGAUUACAGCCCUUGUACUGGUUUUGACGGCUCAAUAAAGCAAAGCUUCUUUUCUGUUGGUGUGAGAGAAAUUGCUGAAAAAGAUAUCAACAUGGUAAAAGAAGUUAUUGAUUCUACCUUUGACAAUGUGGUUAAAACAGGAUUUCCGGAAGAAAGAAUAAAAGGUGUUCUUCAUAAUGUAGAAAUUGCUACUAAGCAUAGAACUUCGAAUUUUGGCCUCAAUUGUGCUAUGGGAUUAAAUGCACUGUGGAAUCAUAAUGGUCAUCCCAUAUCAGGCUUUAAGGUUAAUGAUCAUGUAAAGUGGUUUAUGAAGCAGUUGAGUGAUAACCCCCAUUACCUUCAAGAUAAAGUUGCUCAGUAUUUUAAAAGUAACAAUCACAAGUUAACACUCAUCAUGACACCAAAAGACAAUUUUGAAAUAGAAAUUCAAAAACAAGAAAAAGAUUUAUUAGAACAGAAAUUGGCCACUUUAUCUGAUGCUGAAAAAGAGCAGAUUUAUAAAAAUGGGUUAGAACUUGAAGAACAUCAAAAGAUCUCGGAUGCUUCGUGUUUGCCUACUCUCCAUAUUAAUGACGUCAAAAGAACAUCAGAGAAAACACCUCUGCAAUUUAUAAAAAUGAAGGAUAUAAGCGUCCAAACAUGUGAACAACCAACUAAUGAAGUCGUUUAUUUUAAUGCAUUUGUGGAUGCUCCUGUAUCAAAUGAUGAUAUUAUGCUUUUACCAUUAUUUUCUUCAAUAAUAACUCAAAUGGGAGCCGGGAAAAGAAAUUACAAAGAACUGGAUCAAGAAAUUACACUGAAAACUGGUUCAUUUGGUGUGUCUGUGCAUAUAUCUGAAGAUCCUGAAGAUAGUUUUCAAUUUGAUAAAGGUUUGAUGUUUUCAUCCUAUUGUCUUGAAAGGAAUGUUACUGAUAUGUUCUCAUUGUGGGAAGACAUUUUUACACAGUUACAUUUAGAAGACCAUGAUCGACUUUCCCAGUUGAUACGUCUGUCUGCUACAGAUCUUGCUCAAAGUAUUGCUCAUAGAGGGCAUAUGUAUGCAAUGCGCAAAGCUAGUAGCAUUAUCAGCUUGCCUGCAGCAAUAAGAGAAAAAACAUCUGGCUUGACACAAAUAUCUUACAUGAAGAAAUUAGCUGAAAUGGAGGACCAUGGUGAAAUUAUGAACAAAUUAAGAAAUCUUUCAAAAGUUUUACUGCAGAAACAAUCUUUGAAAUGUUCUAUUAAUUCAACAUCAAAUGGCAUGUCUAAAGCUCUAAAGGGGCUUGAAUCAUUUUUAGAUACCCUUCCUAAAAGCGUUAUACCAAGUGGUACUGAAGAAGUCGCAUUUCAAGCAUGUGACUCACCAAAAUGUCACUUCGUUCUUCCACUCUCAGUUAAUUAUAUUGGACAGAGUGUUUCAACUAUUCCAUAUAACAGCACAGAAUAUGCCAAUUUGAAAGUAGCUGCUAAAAUGGUAUCAGCAAAGUUUCUUCACCGUGAAAUAAGAGAGAAAGGUGGUGCUUAUGGUGGAGGAGCAUCUUUAACAAAAGGAGGGCAAUUUAAUUUCUAUUCAUACAGGGAUCCAAAUGUUUCAAAAACUUUGAAUAGUUUUGCUGCUGGAGUUGAAUGGUUACAGCAUGGACAUUUCUCUGACCAAGACUUUAAUGAAGCCAAGCUUGGGGUUUUUAGUGAGAUUGAUGCGCCGGUACCUCCAGGAUCAAAGGGACAGCUUUUUUUCAGGGAGAAAAUAUCUUAUGAAAUGAAGCAGCAGUUAAGAGAAAACAUCUUUGACUGUACCAAAGAAGAUAUAAUUACUACUUGUAAAAACUAUCUUAAACAAGAUAAGACUUUUGGAACUGCGGUAAUAGGACCAGAGAAUGAAGAAACUAAAUCAAGUUCUGAUGGUUGGAGUUUUAUAACGGAGUGAUUCAUACUUUAGCGACUUGUGUAUGAAGAAAAAUUGUAUCAUAAAUCCAUGUUUCAAACUAAAUAUCAGAUUUUUUCAUCCAUUUAUGUAAUUCUUGCAAUAAACUUAU